UCUACGCCGCUGGCGCCGUGACCGCUGCUGGGGGCACGCUGAGCUUUGUGCGCAACCGAGCGCUGCUGCCGCGGAUGGUGUCGGUGAGCCUGUCGCUCUCGGCUGGGGCGCAUUUGAGGGUGGCGUGCAACGACGUUGGUGGACGUGUCCUGUCGACGGCGGAGGAGUACGCAGCGGCCGGUUUUGGCGACGCUGGGAGCAUCGACGUUGUUGGGUGCGACGCCUGCGACAGGGACACGUACUGCUACGCGCCCGGGACGCCGUCGGCGAGCAUGAAGAACGGUGUGUGCGUGUGCGCGUGCGGCAGCGGCGGGUACGGCGAGGCGUGUGUGCCUGUGGGAGCUCCCGCGCUGCCGCCCGCUGUGGGCACUGCGUCGAGUGUGUUUGUCCGCGAGGGCGUGACGGUGCAGUCGGUGUUCGUUGUGCCUGCCGGCGCGAGCGAGGUGACGCUGCGCCACGUUGUGCUGGACGGCGUGAGUCCUGUGCUGUACGUGCCGUGGAUGGCGCGGGACGGCGUGCGGAUCGCUGUGCAGAACGUGUCGCUGCUGAACGGUGCUGUGCUGUACGUGAUGGGCGGUGGAGCGUUGCGCGGUGCGGGUGCGGCGGGGAGCGACGAGAGCGGGCCGGUGGAGCUGUCGGUGUGCGAUGUGGAGGCGCUGAACGGUGCGCUUGUGCUGACCGGCACGUUUCCCGCGGGGUCUGUGCUGACGGUGACGGACUCCCUGCUGGUUGCCGCGAGGUCGACGCCGCUUGUGUAUUUUCCCGGCUCGCGGUCUGCGCCGUACGCACCGGUGCUGGUGCUGUCGGGCCUGCGGCUCGUGCGGUCCGUGCUGGUUGUGUUCGGCGUGGCCCUCGUGACCGUGAUGACUGGUGGACGGACGGUGGUGGUGGACGGCGCCGUGCUGGAGCUUGUCGGUGGCGGUGUCGCACUGGACGCGGCUGUGUUCGGUGGCGAAUAUGCGUUGUACGCGAGUGCGCGCGUGGUUGCGUCGGGGGGCGCUGUGCUGCGCGUGUCGGGGAGCCAGGUGUACGCCGCGCAUGGGUUGGUGUUCGACGGCGGGGUGGAGGCCAACGCGUCCGCCGUCGUGGUGAAUGACAACGUCGGUGCGCUGACCGAUGGCGCGCUGCUGGAGCUGCGGGGGUCGGCAUCGUUUGCGUCCCGGUCGUGGCUGUCGGUGCGCGGCAACAGCAUCAGCGGCAGGCUUUUGUCGGUGCCGUCGUACCCGCGCAGCGCGGAAUUUGCGCAGAGCACGCUGACGCUCCACGGGAACGCCGGCAGCGGGUCCGUCGUGAUGGACGGCACCGUUACGCUUGGGGGCGCCGGCCGAAGGUUCGUUGUGGGGUGCCUGACGCUCAACGGGCAGGCGCUGCAGCCGAUGGACUACAGGUCUGCCGGCAUCAUCGGGGAAUUCCGCCCCGUGGCGUGUGGCGUGUGCGACGCCGACGUGCACUGCUUUGCUGCUGCGACGAGGGCGAUGUCGGGAUCGUGCCGCUGCCGCUGUGCUGAUGGCGGGUACGGGCGCGACUGCCUGCCGGUGUACCUGCCGCACGUGGACGGGUGCAACCGCACGCCUGCCCCGCCGCUGCUGAGCCACACGGCGACGCUGACGGAGACGCGCAGCCCGACGCAAACGCCAACGGGACGUCAGGUGGACGCCGAGUCAGAGCA